AUGAAGGCUACCACCUCCAUAGCCAUGGCUGUCGCUGGCCUCGUCGGCAUCGCCUCCGGUCAAGCUUACAUCCCCAACUGCGCUGUUCCCGUCCUUGACAAAAUCAUCGCUGAAUAUGUCCAGACCUGUACCGAGGCCUACAACUACAUCUGCUUCUGCAAGAACCCAGUUGCCCCGUGGUACUACACCCAGUACGCCGUUACCGACUGCCCUAACGAGACCGACUCUGACGCCGCCGUCGGCUUCAUCACUACCUUCUGCAAAGACAUUGGGUAUCCCAUCACCUUCCCAAUCCCCGAUCCUAACGCCGGCGGCACCACCACCACCGAGCCUACUGUCGAGCCAACCGCCGAGCCUACCGAGCCGCCUGCGUCAUCUACCUCAGAUCCUGAGCCCACCGAGCAACACACCGAACCACCUGCAUCGUCUACUUCUGAUCCCAAUCCCACUGAGCAACCCACCGAGGAACCCAGUGGCACCACUGAUUCUUCUAGCACUCCUGGGCCCUCCGGCACUGACGCCACCAGCAGUGAGCCCACCACCAUCGUCACUUCUACCCGUGCCCCUACCUCUAGCCCCACCUGUACUGCUACUCAGACUGGCGGCAGUGGCGGUGGGGAUUGCACUUGUGACGAUGACGGGCGGCCCAGCAGCGGUUCUGCCACGGGCACUGGCAAGCCCCAGCCCUCUGCUCCUGUCAUCGUCAAUGCGGGCAUCAACAAUAUCAACAACUACCCCUACUCUCUGGGCCUUGCUGGCGUUUUUGUUGCCGCUGCUGGGCUCUUCUAA